GCCGGCCCAUUUGGUCAACUCUCUCUCCAAGCCCUAAGGCUCCACGCUCCCUCUCCCCGCCGCCUCCGCACCGUGCCUUCGCAGCCGCCGCCGCAGCUAUGGGCGCGUACAAGUUGGUGUCGGAGCUAUGCAGGAGGAAGCAGUCGGACGUGAUGAGGUUCGUGCAGCGCAGGGCUCUCGGCUCCCAGGCCAAGCAGCUUGGCAAGCCUAUUAAGGAGACCAAGGAAGAUGUGUACCCGAGGACCCACAAGUCACCUGCCAAGAUACGCAUAAUUAUGAAAUCUUUCAAUAACCAGAAGAACAAUCUGAAGGAGCUUGCGCCGUACAUGCAUAAGGUUGGGUUGCCUGAAUCGCGGUCCUUAUACACCGUGCUGCGAUCACCUCAUAUUGAUAAGAAAUCCAGGGAGCAAUUCUCAACGCAUGUGAAGAAAGUGUUUGUGGAGAAAACAGCGGAGACACAUGAACUGGCCAAGAAGUUCUUCUGGUUGAAACGGCUUCGUAUAUUGGGGGCUCAGUAUGAAGUCGUUAUUAAUUUCAAGACACGCUUGGGUAAAAAGUUUGGCUGCAGCAAAGGUGGUGGCCUGCUUUGACAUCCAAAACAGGGUUCAGGCAUAGAAUAAAAAGGAGGUACUACUUUCUUGUCUUGUACUAGAGCUGCAUCAGGCCACACACAAGCUAUCCAUCCAACUUGUGUGGAUCUUAAUUUCUGGCAUUGGUUUGAUCUAGCAUAUAAGUACUAUAUAUUCUAUGUAACUAAGGAUGCAUGUGACCUAUCUGAGGCUGUUGCUUUUUUGGUAACCAUCCAUGUAUUUCGAAAGAAGAUGGUGAUAAUAGACGAUGUCUGUCUGUCUUCUUUUUUUGCGAUAUACUAGUGCCAUCUAUCUGCCGGAGCCUGAAUAUAUGGCAGCCAGCAUGAAUAUUUGAUGUGCAAGUAACCGAAUCUGAUUAUGUUAUGUGGGUGACAAUCGAUUCACUUACUAUUGA